AUGAGAAGAGAGCUCAAGUAUCUCGUGUACUCGCACCUCGCAAUCGUCGUGGUGCUCCUGUACCUGACGUUCGACCUUCUGACGCUCGCCAUCGACGACACGUUCCAGGACGCUCUCCUGAGCGUCGACCUCAACCCACCUGAGGAUGCGCCUCCCAAGCAGAUGCUGAUCCCCAAGAUCAUUCAUCAGACCUACAAAACGGAAGAAAUUCCAGAGCACUGGAAGGAUGGCCAGCAGCGCUGUAUCGACCUCCAUCCCGACUACAAGUACAUCUUGUGGACCGACGAAAUGGCCCGCGAGUUCAUCAAGGAAGAGUACAGCUGGUUUCUUGACACCUUCGACGGGUAUCGCUAUCCAAUCGAGCGUGCAGACGCGCUCCGCUACUUCCUUCUGACGCAUUUUGGAGGUGUAUACAUCGACCUGGACGACGGGUGCGAGCGUAAACUCGACCCAUUACUUACCGUCCCUGCCUUCGCACGCAAGACUUCUCCCACAGGUAUCUCCAACGACGUGAUGGGUUCAGUUCCACGCCACCCCUUUUUCCUCAAAGUCAUCAAUUCUUUGAAGAAAUACGACCGCAACUGGCUGGUGCCCUACAUCACUAUCAUGUUUUCAACUGGUCCUCUGUUUGUAAGUGUUAUUUGGAAGCAGUACAAGCGUUGGGGUGUACCCGAAAACGGAGUGGUGCGCAUUUUGCAACCCGCUGAUUAUAAGAAGCAUUCUUACUCGUUCUUUUCCAUUUCACAAGGUUCUUCGUGGCACUUGGAUGAUGCCCACUUCAUCAAAUCUCUAGCCAACCACAUUCUAGCAUGUGUUGUAUUGGGGUUCGUCGUGGCCUUCAUUAUACUUUAUGCAGAAUACUGUUUUUACUGCUGGCUCGGUGCUGGCAGAGGCGCACGCAAGAUCGCCAAAGCCGGAAGACGUUUUCUGUGUUGGAUCGGUGUCUCCACCGAUGCCAGAUCUCAGGCCAGUGGCCAAUCUCUGGAGAUGAGUUCCAAGUACAGAAGGUUAAGGAAGGAUUCUAACCUACCAGUGCACAUCGUGAUUCCCGACCUCGAGUCUGGAGACGACAAAGUGACGGAUCUUAGUGAUAAAUGA